UUCUCCCCCUCACAACAGUCAACACAAUCUUAUUAAAUAGAGAAAGAAAAGAGAGUUUAGAGGUUGGCCUAGGUUUAAGGGGGCAGCUUACGUCGACAACUAUAAGAAUUACAAUUUUUAUCCACAAUUCAGAGAGAAGUAUAGACUAUAAAUAGAAAAGAAGGUGAGGAAAGGAAAGUGGUCAAUCAUAAAGGUCUGAUGAUGAUGAGAAACGUAGGGAGUUCGAGCUACGGCGGCAAAGGCAUAGCGGCGGUGGUCGGCGUCGGUCCAAAGCUAGGCCGUUCAGUCGCUCAAAAGUUCGCACAUGAAGGUUAUACCGUCGCCAUUCUCGCCCGCGAUCUAGGUAGGUUAUCUCAUGUGGCUGAAGAGAUAGCGAGAGAAGAGAAAGCGCAAGUGUUUGCUAUAAGAAUUGAUUGUGCAGAUCCAAGAAGCGUAAGAGAAGCCUUCGAAGGAGUGUUGUCUUUAGGGUUUGUCGAGGUUUUGGUGUACAAUGCUUAUCACUCUUCUUCUUCUUACACAAGUCAUCAUCCCAUUUCCUUCACCCAUAUUCCUUUCCAAACUUUCCAAACUUCUCUUUCCGUCUCUGUCUUCGCUGCAUUCCUGUGCGCCCAACAGGUUAUUCCCGGGAUGAUGGAGAAAGGAAAAGGAACUAUACUCUUCACCGGUUGCUCGGCCUCAUUGAAUGGCGUUGCUGGUUUCUCCGAGCUAUGCUGUGGGAAAUUUGCAUUGAGAGCUCUUUCUCAAUGCUUAGCAAGAGAAUAUCAAGCUUUUGGAAUACAUGUGGCUCAUGUUAUCAUCGACGGUGUGGUUGGACCUCCAAGAGAAACAAACAUCCCACCAAGAGGAGUGGUCGCAGAGCAAUCAUGCAACGUUGGAGGGAAAGAUGGAGAAGGAGAAGGAGAAAGCUCGGGAGUGAUGGGAAUGGAUCCUGAUGUAUUGGCUCAAACAUAUUGGAGCCUUCAUGUUCAAGACCGGAGAGCUUGGACUCAAGAACUCGAUAUCCGACCAUCAAACACAAGGUUCUAGUAGUUAAAAUAUGGUUCGUAUGUUAUGGUAAGUAUGUGUGAUCAUUUGAUAUGUAUAUUCUUGCAUUUGGAAUGUCCAUUAAGUGCGUUGCAAAGGGGUUUGGUUGUGAUUGAUGUGAAUGAUCUAUCAAUCUCAUAUCAUAGCUUUUGGGUUUUUAAAUUCCACAUGCGACUUUCGGAAUUAGGGAUGAUGUUUGGUUUUGUCGGGUAAAGUUUAAUAUUUUACAAAAUGACUCCGUGUUUAAAGUUAGGACACAAGAACGGAUCCGACAUGUCAUGUGAAUGGAAAUAAUCUGAUUGAUUACAAAUAAUUUAUGGACCCC